CUUCUCCUCCCCCUCGUGGGAGGCCGGCCAGCCAUGACAUCGUUGCCCGAACCUUUUGACUCUUGACUGAUAUCAUCCAUCCAUCCAUCCAUCCCUUCCUGCCUCCCUCGCUCCCCCCCCCCCCCCCUAUCAUCGAUGAUGACAACCAAGUUAUUAAGCUUUUUGGGAAUACUCUUAGGUUCCCCGGCAGUUUAUCUACGCAGAAACUGGGACGGACUAUAUACCCUCGCACGCAUAUCUAAUAAUAGAGACAUACGUACUGCCCGGGAGUUGCGACGACCCAGACUCAUGCUGCAGAUCAUGACGACCACCCUCAAGGCCAGAGGCAUCCAGAUGGCCGUGCAUGGGAGCAUUCGUCGCCCCUGUGCCACCCAUGCAUGCCGCAAAGCUCCAGGCCCCCAUCCCGAUCAAGAUCCGCACGAUGCUCUUCGCCAUGGGCAUCGCAUCAGCCAGAUAUCGCAAGAUAUCCCGAGACCGUCGGUUUUGUUGCCAGUGUGUGAAAAUCCGGCUAAACCUGACCCAGAUGCGGAGCAUGGCAAGGCAAAGCUCUCCAUCUCGGCCGGCCACCGUCCACCCUGGGAUUCUGGGACACGCGCCUUAAGUAAAAGGCCACCUUGACAGAUCCCCCUAGACCGGGGUCACGUGUGGGUCCCGGUGGGAUUUCAGGGUUCUGGAUGCAUAAAUUACCGGUCUGAAUUACCGCCAGGUACCGUUGGCCCACGGUUACGGUACAUUACAUUCCCACCACAGUCGGGCCCGCUCCGUACACUUGGAUCCAAUUGGGAAGUAUGAAUAGGGCAUUUUAGUACUAGUUGCAUCUAUCUGGGAGUAGUAUCGAGAUUAGAGCCGUGGGAAUUUCUUGCGA